GUGAAACUGACAUAGAUGUCAAGAUAACCUCAAUAUACUCCGCAUUUCUCUAAAUUAUUCAAUCAAUCAGAAAAUAAUAUUUUUUUGUUAUUCUUGAUGAAUAUGGAUAAAACCAAACUAUUCAAAGACCCUUUCGUAAGACCGUGGCUGAAAAAUAAUGGAGUAGCAGCAUCCACUGGAUCUGGAAAUGUUGGACUAAAAGGAAUCGUAGCUGGUGGAAUAACAGGAGGUAUGGAAAUAUGCAUAACGUAUCCAACAGAGUACGUGAAGACACAGUUACAAUUAGAUGAAAAAGGUGAUAGAAAAAAAUACGACGGUAUAAUCGAUUGCGUUAAAAAAACCGUAAAAAAAAACGGAAUUUUCGGUUUGUACAGAGGUCUUAGCAUAUUAAUAUACGGAUCCGUGCCUAAAGUCGCUGUGAGAUUUGGAGGAUUCGAAACAUUCAAAAGUUACAUGCAGAAAGAAGAUGGGACUCUAUCACCAUCUGGAAGGUUAUUGUGCGGAUUAGGUGCUGGAGUAUGUGAAGCAAUUUUCGCCGUUACCCCAAUGGAAACAGUCAAAGUUAAAUUCAUAAACGAUCAACGUUCCGAGACACCUAAAUACAAAGGAUUAUUUCAAGGACUAGGGGUAAUUGUUAGAGAUGAAGGUUUCGGUGGAUUAUAUAAAGGAGUUACAGCAACCAUUAUUAAACAAGGUACCAAUCAAGCAACAAGAUUUUUUGUAAUGGAAACAUUGAAAGAUUCUUAUAGAGGAGGAGAUCCUGAUAAAAAAAUUCCAAAGUUGUUGGUAGGUCUGUUUGGUGCUUUUGCAGGAGCUUGUUCAGUAUAUGUUAAUAAUCCAGUCGACGUCGUUAAAACUCGCAUGCAAGGCUUGGAAGCUAGCCGAUACAAAAAUACAUUGGAUUGUGCUGUUCAAAUUUUGAAAAAUGAAAGUCCUAAAGCAUUCUACAAAGGCACAGUACCAAGAUUAGGUAAAGUAUGUCUUGACGUCGCUAUCACCUUUAUGAUUUACGAUAGUUUCAUGGAUCUGUUCAAAAAAAUUUGGUAGCAAUUUGUACGAGAUAUUUAUAGCAGGAAUGUCAAUAUGGGUAUAUUCUGCAUCGAAUCAUUGUUCGUUCUUCUUCAGUAUUGUGAUGGUGAUAAUACAAUUUUAUUUUCAAACAUGGACUUGAAUCCAUUAAACAACGCUGUAGCUUCUAGAAGAUAAUAUUAUUUGUUCAAAUAGUACCAAUAUAUUUCUAUCUAUGCACAUUCCAAAUUUUUGUAAUUGGAAAUUACCACAAAAAGAGAAAAACGCCAAUAAAGACUAUAUUCUGGUAAAUUAGAUUGCUGCAUUACUUUUAAAAAAAUUAUAUCUAUUGUUAAAUUUCAAUAUCAUACUGGUAAUAGACUUUAAAAUAUA